AGCGCGAUAAGAUUACUCCUGGCAGGUCACGUUGCGUACGCGCGAAACAGCGCGUAACGUAACGACCGCGGCCACGACGACGGCGACGGCGACGCCUGGCCGCGCCGAGGAUGUACGUGGGCCACGCACAGCCCGGCGCGUUCUCUCGCACUUAGUUCCUCGUGUAGCAGCGCGCAGACACGCUGAUCCGCCGCGAGCGAGUGUUGUCACGACGGUGGUGGUGCGCGUGUCUUCCCACCGACGAUCCCCUGCGAAGAGAGCCCGCGAGGAUCCCACGUAGACAGCUGUACGCCGCAGACCGAGAGACCAUGGACGCGGAGCCGUCGGCGGCGACGUACUUGGGCCUGGAUCUGAGCACGCAGCAGCUGAAAGCGGUAGUGGUUGACUGUGAUCUCGCCGUGCUUCACGAGACCAGCGUGCAAUUCGACAACGAUCUGCCUGAAUUUAGAACUUAUGGAGGGGUCAUACAGAGCAAAGAGGAGCCUCAUGUCGUGGCGGUGCCUUCUUUGAUGUGGGUGAAGGCCUUAGAUAUGAUACUCGACAAAUUGCGCGUAUGCGGCGUCGAUUUCAGCAAAGUAGCGGCCAUUUCGGGAUGCGCACAGCAACACGGCACGGUUUAUUGGAGCAAAGGCAGCCGAGGUCGCUUGCAGCGUUUGGACCCCAUAAAAUUCUUGCACGAACAAUUCGCCACGUCAUUUUCCGUGACCCAUUCGCCCGUGUGGAUGGACUCCAGCACGUCCAAGGAAUGUAGCGUUUUGGAGGAGAUCGUGGGCGGCCCUCACAAAUUAGCGGAAAUAACGGGCUCACGGGCGUACGAAAGGUUCUCGGGGCCGCAGAUAGCGAAAAUAGCGCGCACCAAGCCGGAAACCUACUGCAACACUGAGAGGAUCUCGUUGGUGAGCAACUUCCUCGCCUCCUUGUUCCUGGGCGAUUACGCGCCGAUCGAUUGGUCGGACGGAUCGGGCAUGAAUCUGUUGAAUAUCCGCACAAAAGACUGGGACGAUAUGUUGUUGGAGACUUGCGCAUCGGGACUGAGGGAGAAACUGGGAAAGUCUGUCUCGUCAUGCAGCAACAUCGGCCCGAUAUCACCUUAUUUCGUGGAGAGAUUCGGUUUCAACGAGGAAUGUCGGAUAAUCAUGUUCACCGGCGACAACCCAAGUUCCUUGGUGGGUAUGAGGCUGAAACAAGGUGAUAUCGCUUGCAGUUUGGGCACGAGCGAUACCUUAUUCCUGUGGCUGAACGAGCCCAAGACCACAACGGAUGGUCACAUAUUGUGCAAUCCUGUGGACGAUCAAGCUUAUAUGGCGUUGCUUUGCUUCAAGAAUGGUUCUUUGACGCGCGAGAGAAUACGGAAUGAAACCGCGCAGGGCUGCUGGCGAAUAUUCGACGAACUGUUGGAGAGCACUCCGCGAGGGAACUUUGGAAACUUUGCUCUGUACUUCGAUACGCAGGAAAUCCUACCCUUCGUGAUUGGGGAUUACAGAUACAACAAGGCCAACGAUGAGAUUUCGCGAUACAGUUCGAAGGAAGUGGAAGUGAGAGCGCUGGUCGAAGGUCAAUUCGUCGCGAAGAGAGCGCACGCCGAGGACUUCGGAUUUGUCAUCGGACCUAACACGCGAAUAAUCGCAACGGGAGGCGCUUCCGUCAACAAGGCUAUAUUACAAGUUCUCGCUGACGUCUUUAAUUCACCGGUCUAUGUCUUGGAAGCAGCUAAUUCGGCUAUGAUGGGUGCAGCGUAUCGAGCAAAACAUGGUUUGUUGCGGGAUAAGUGCAAUUUUGACGAGAUUAUACGUUGCUUGCCGGAAUUGACUCUUGUGUGCCAGCCUUACGACGACGCUGAAUUUAUCUACAAACCUAUGACAACACGUUAUCGCAAAAUUAUGGAUCAGAUAUUGAAGAAGAGAAGCGAGCAGAAACAUAUGUAAAUUUUGUAAAUAAUAGGAAGAAAUAUUCUAAAGAAAGGCUUUUUACGUAAUAUUCCAGACGACAUAAUGUCCAAAAUCGGAACAUAAGAUAUCUUAAAGACGUUGUAAUCCCGGUCUGUAAUAGCAUUUUAAGCUUUAAGACCUGAGAAAUUUACUAAUUACAGUUGAUUAUUGUCCUCACAUUCGACUGUGGUCAAUUUCUUAAGGCUUAAAAUACCUUGGCUGCGUUCAGCAGAAAAAGUAACUCUUGUAAAAUUCGUGAAUUUGAUUAGUGUGUGCAUUUAAUUUUGGUUGAAUCUAAGAAUAUAUACCUAUCAGAUUCACGAAUUUUACAAGAGCUGUAAAGCUGCUUUUUCUGCUGAACAUAGUCCCUAUCGGGGACUUACUUAUAGACGACUUAAGCCCCAAUUUUAAACAUUAUGUUGUCCGGAGUUCCUUAAAGCGAAUAUAUAUCUAUUAAACGAUAGACUCGCUUCGCUCCUCGAUAGAUAUGUGAUGGAUUUUUCUAUGCAUGUUUUUAAAUUAUUUAGGAUAUUGAAAUUUAUGAUAUACUUUACUAACGCGUAUCUCCUACUCACGAAAGCAUUUUAUACGAGAAUCUCUCGUGCAUUUUGUACGAAUAUAUAUCUUCAUUUUAGCGCAUUAACUGAUAUCGUAAUAAUAUAUUAUCUCAUGCAUUUAUUUUUCUAAAGCCUUAAUAAAUUGACUAUUCCAAUGUAUAAUAAAAGUGAUCGUAGGUGAAGCAUUUGAAAUUAUUCGACAAUUAUACGGGCAAUUCGGUAAAAUUUAAUAAUCUGUUUUUUUUUGUUACACUGUUGAACUGGUGUGAUAAGUUCGAGUGAGACAAGUAUAUUUUCUUUCGCUCGAACUUAUUGCACCAGUUCAACAGUGCAGCUGAAGAGAACAGAAAAUCAUAAAAAUUAACGAUAUGCUUCACGCUUUAGAUGAUGAGCUCUAUCAUUGUACAAACGUCGCAGGAUUAAAAUAUACGCACUACGAAAGAAAAAUCGAGCUUAAAUUAUAACGAAUCAUAUUUAAUUUUAUAUAAUAUUUAUUAAUUUAUAUUAAAUUUACUUUGUUAUGUAUAAUUAUCCUAAAUGAUUACAUGCGGGUUUUUAAUAAAUGCUAUAUAUAUUUUAA